AUGAAUGAACAAAUCCCAAAAUACAUAAUUCCUGCUUCAGAAGCUGAAUCCAUGGCGAAAUCCAGAGGUCUCACUGUCCCUCAACUCCUCCCAUUUCUAGUUAAAUCAGCUCAAGAUAUUGCCCGGGUGCCGAUCUCCAACUUCCACGUCGGGGCCGUCGGGUUGGGCUCCGAUGGCCGGAUCUUCUUCGGCGGAAACAUCGAAUUUCCUGGUCUCCCUCUCAACCAUUCCAUUCACGCAGAGCAGUUUCUGAUCACCAACCUCGCCGCACACGGCGGAGGCCCAAAACUCCUUUACAUCGCCGUAUCAGCUGCCCCCUGCGGCCAUUGCCGCCAGUUUCUCCAAGAACUCCGGGGAAUCUCCGAUACCCAGAUCGUAAUCACUGAUCAACCCCAAGAAAACCCUGAUUACAAACCCAUUUCUUCGAUUUUACCAGACGCAUUUGGUCCUUUUGAUCUAUUAGAUCACGACAUGCCUCUAAUUCUUGAAAAACAUGAAAAUGAAUUGUUGUUGGUCGAUUAUUCCCUUUCUUCCCACAACGAAAAAUCAUCGAAAUUACCAAAUGGGUACACGGAAUUGGUCAAAGAGAAUAAAAAAAACUUGGAGAAAGAGGCUUUGUCUGCGGCGCGUGCAUCACACGCGCCAUACAGUGGGUGUCCAUCUGGAGUGGCAUUAAUGGACUGUGAAGGGAAGGUGUAUAAAGGAUCUUACAUGGAGUCAGCUGCGUAUAACCCUAGUAUGAUGCCUGUACAGGCGGCGCUGGUGGCGUACAUGGUGGCCGGAGGUGGUGGCUAUGAGCGGAUUGUGGCGGCGGUGCUGGUGGAGAAGGAGGGGAUGAUGGUGAGGCAGGAGGACACUGCUAGGUUAAUGUUGAAAAAUGUUUCACCAAAAUGUGAAUUGAAGGUUAUCUAUUGUACUUAA